AUGUGUCGUAAGUCGAAGCAUCUUGAUCGCAAAGGAACGGUUGUUUUGUUUUUACUGUGUGAGAAGAAAAAGAGGCAUUAUAUAGCUGUAAAGAACUUAAGCGGUGUCUUGAGUAAGGUCAACUAUUCUAGUAAUUCAGAUAUGCGUGUUGCUGAUCACUGUCAUUAUACUGGUAAAUUUCAUGGAGCUGCACAUCGGUCUUGUAAUCUCCGUUACAAAGUGUCUAAAUACAUCCCAAUCGUCUUCCACAAUCUGAGCGGGUACGAUGCGCAUCUAUUCAUCAAAGAAUUGGCCAAACAGUAUGGAGAUGAAAAGAUUACCGUCAUCGCUGAAAACAAAGAGAAAUACAUCUCUUUCUCGCUAGAUGUUGUGGUCGGUGAAUAUGUGAAGAAAGGUGAGAAAAAGAAUCUCAGGAUACAACUGAGAUUCAUCGAUAGUGGUGAUGAGCAAUUCAAACUAUUGAGAAGAAAAGGAGUUUAUCUAUAUGAAUACGUUGAUUCUUUCGAUAAGUUCAAUGAAACUAACCUUCCGGCAGAAGAUGCUUUUUACAGCAAGUUAAACAUGAGCGGUAUCAGUGAUGCUGAUUAUGCGCAUGCGCAGAAGGUGUGGAAAGACAUAAAAAUCAAAAAUAUGGCUUGGCAAGCAUGUUUGAAAAAGAUCGAGAUUAAGCUAGAUUUGUUGCAUGAUAUGGAUAUGUUUCUGUUUAUGGAGAAAGGUAUUAGAGGAGGUCUUACUCAGGCUGUUCAUAGACAUGCUAAAGCUAACAACAAAUAUGUGGGUGUUCGAUAUAAGACGACCGAAGAGACCAGCUAUCUCCAGUAUCUUGAUGCAAACAAUCUGUAUGGAUGGGCUAUGAUUCAAAAAUUACCAACGGGAAAGUUCAAGUGGGUUGAUGAUCCUAAUAAAUUCAUGACUAAACUCAUUUCUAUGUUGGCUGAGGAAAACGGUGAAAAGGGUUACAUACUCGAGGUGGAUGUGAGAUAUCCAAAAGGGCUACAUGAUACGCAUAACGAUCUUCCUUUCAUGCCUAAGCGAAUGGAGAUUAAUGGGGGUGAGCAAAGCGCAUGGUUGAAACCGUACAUCCAUUUUAACACCGAUUUGCGUACAAAAUCAAAGAACGACUUCGAGAAAGUUUUUUUCAAGCUGAUGAAUAAUUCGGUCUUUGGUAAAACUAUGGAAAACCAACGUAAACACAAAGACAUACGCUUGGCUACCAAGAAACAACAAUAUGAGAAACUAGUGAUGAAGCCCAACUUUAAAGGCAGCAUCUGUUUCUCGGAAACACUGAUGGGUGUUGAAAUGCGGAAAAUUAAAGUCGUGUUGAACGAGCCAAUCUAUCUAGGACCUGCAAUUCUCGACUUGUCUAAGAUAGUUAUGUACGAGUUCCACUACGAGUAUAUGAGACUAAAAUAUGAUAUCGCUGACGAUGUAGCUUUGAGAUUUGACACUUCAGGAUAUGACAAGAAAGAUAACAGACCUUUACUCAUAGGUUUGAAGUAA